AUGGUAGUUGCCUUGUUUUCGCUCAGUCGACUUGGCUACACCGUCAUGAUGCUUUCUCCUCGUCUGUCGGCCUCGGCCUGCGUCUCGCUUCUGGACCAGGUGGGCUGCCGCACAGUCCUGUACGGCCAAACCGAUCCGGUCCGAGACAUCGUCGCUGGGGUGUCGAGGCUAAUGUCGAUCGCUUGCCAUCCAACCCGUCCAUCCUCGCGUGAUACCGAAGCAGGCCAGAACACCGUAGCCCAGACCCUGGGUGAAGGCUUGCCACAGAUUAACGACAGCGACAUCGCGGUGAUACUGCACUCCUCCGGCUCGACGGGCACUCCGAAGCCACUGUAUCUGAGUCACCGCGUCCUGGUCUCGCAGGCUCGCAUCGGGCCCGGGUGGAGUGCUUUCAACACCCUGCCCUGGUACCACGGGUACGGCCUGGCGACCGCGCUGCAGGCCAUGUACAGACGAAAGACGGCAUUCGGGUGGGAUACCUCAUUGCCGAUCACCGGGAGAGCACUGGUGGCGGCCCUGCAGGAAGCCCAACCGGAGUCCAUGCACUGCGUCCCAUACGUGCUUCAGCUGCUGGUAGACGAGCCCGACGGUAUCCGCAUCCUCCAAGCCUGCCAAUUAGUGACGUUCGGCGGGGCAGCGUGUCCGGACCAACUAGGCGAUCGCCUGGUGGCCGAGGGAGUCCGGUUCGGUGGCUUGUUUGGAUCGCACGUAAUCCCCAUCCCCCCCCCCUCACACUCCCUCGCUGCGCCGGAGGCAGGGUAG